AUGCAACAUCUGUCGGACAAAGUUAAAAAGCACGAGAAGGCAAAAAACCACAUGGACAGCUGUCUGAAGUUUUCAGCUUUAGGGAGAGUGAACAUUGCUACACAGCUGGAUGAGGGGUAUCGGCUAGCAGUGCUUCGUCACAACGAUGAGGUGAGCAAGAACCGCCACAUACUCAAUUGGCUCAUCCAGUGUGUGAAGUUUUGCGGCAUUUCUGAGCUAGCUUUGCGAGGCAGAGACGAAACCGAGGGCUCCGCCAACCCUGGUAUUUUUCGGGGCCUUGUCGAUUUUGUGGCACAGUUGGAUGAGGUGUUUGAUGAGCACCUGAAAACGGCAAGUGUCUUCAAGGGCACAUCCAAGACGAUUCAAAACGAACUGCUGGGGUGUAUGCUGGGUGUGGUGAAGGAACGGAUUGUCGAGGAGGUGAAGGCUGCGAAGUUUGUAGCCAUCCAGGCUGACGAGACCACCGAUGUCAGCACGCAGACUCAGCUGGUUCUUGUUCUCCGAUACAUCGACGGCAAGUAUGCAGUGCAUGAAAGUUUUUUUGAGUUUCUUCCCCUCACCGAGUCAACGGCGACCUCUAUAGCGAAUGUGAUCCUGGAGCGACUGAACAGUCUGUUUUCCGACGACGAGAGAGAGAAACUAAUCGCUCAAGCGUAUGAUGGUGCCAGUGUGAUGAGGGGAGAGAAGGCUGGUGUGCAGCAAAAGAGGACCAGCAUUCUCGAUCAGGUCGUCGCCCGGAGACUGCCGAGGGCUUCAGCUACAAGAUGGAAUUUCAACAGCAGGAUCGUCAACACUGUCAGUGAGAAUCGAGCCGACCUCAUUGAAUGUUUCGAAACCAUCAAGACAUCAUUUGACCAACCAACAGUGAGAGAGGCAUCUGGGUUCAUCCGAAUGCUGCAAGAUGAAGACUUCGUUUUUUUCUUGAGCGUUUUUCACAACAUCAUGCCCCAUGUGGACAUCCUGUACCAGCAACUCCAGCAGAAGGACAUCGAUGCAGUACUCAUCCAGCGGGCCCUCCAGAGGUUCACAAGCAGUGUGCAGGCCAUAAGGGGCUCCCCCUCACUUCAGCAGGUCCAGGGAGAACCAGCUGCCAAACGAUCAAGGACAGCGUUGGGAGAGGAAGAAAAGCAGAGGAUGGCUAAAGAGAUCUGUGACACCAUCUUGGCUCACUGCAAGGAGCGGUUUUCCUUCACCGACCACCUAGUUAGUGCCAGCUUACUGCAAGGAGAUCUGUUUGGAAGGUACUGCCAUUCAUUUCCAACCGAAGCGCUGCAUGCCACUGUGAAGGCAUACCCCAUGCUGGAUCAAGCAAAGCUGCACACAGAGCUCUCCCUCAUCUACGAAAACUCAGAGUUUAAGGGAUGUUGUGGUGCACUGGCACUUUACCAGCUGCUCAUGUCCUACAACCUACAGGACACGUUCUCAGAGACUGUUGCUCUGUUGAACAUCAUUAUCACCACACCCAUGACCACCUCUGAAGCAGAGAGAUGCUUCUCAACUUUGAAGAGGAUAAAGACCUUCCUGCGCAACUCCAUGGGCCAGGAACGUCUUAACACCCUGGCCAUGCUUUCAAUGGAACGGAAACUUGUCCUUAGCAUGCCUGACUUCAAUGAGAGAGUCAUUGACUGCUUUGCUGCAUUAAAAGAGACGCAGCAAAUUCCAUGUUAA